AUGGCGGACGAAGUAAUCGCAACCAUUUUCAAUAUUACAUCUGAAUACCACAAAAAGAUGCAAAUGCGUCGUGUAAGGAGGAAGAAAUAUUGUUUGAAACUGAGAAAGCAGCGAAGUAAAAGAAGGGACGGCCUGUUUUAUUUUUGGUUUAUUGGCGCUCUAGGAAAUAAAUUAAUGAGUGAAAGACGUUUCUGGGUGGAUGCAAGCAAAGGCACCGGUUUGUUCUGGGAAAAAACUAUCGAUAUGUGGAAAGAUGAUGGCCUUGAGGGAACAUUCGAUUUCAUUUCCAACAAGAUCAAUGACACUCUUUUGCUUGAAGAUACAAAUUUCAGAAAGGCUAUCCCUGUGCCAAAAAGAGUAGGAAUUUGUCUUUGGCACUUGGCUACCAAUGAAGACUUGCGUUCUUUAGCUUGGCGUUUUGGUAUAGGAAAAAGUACAGCCUGUGAAAUCGUGAACGAGGUUUGCCAAGCUAUUGUUGACGUGUUACUGCGUCUUGUUAUCAAAUGGCCAACGGGCGAUAGACUGCCGAGUAUCGUUGAUGCCUUUCUAACGAAAUGGGGCUUCCCUCAAUGCGCUGGAGCCAUUGAUGGCACUCAUAUUCAAAUUGUAGCACCUUCAAAUUCUGCACAACAUUACUACAAUCGAAAAGGAUUCUACUCUAUUGUUCUCCAAGCUAUUGUUGAUCAUCAAUACAGAUUCACUGACAUUUGCAAAAAGUGGCUAGGUCGAGUCCAUGAUGCAAGAGUUUUAAACUCGGGAGUGCUUGCAAAAGCUAAAGCAGGAAAACCUUUCCCAGAUGGAGGAAAAGAGAUAUGUAGUUGCAAUGUACCAUUCAUGCUUAUUGGUGAUCCAGCAUAUCCACUGUUACCAUGGUUGAUGAAGAGGUAUCCUAACGAUGGCAAUCUCAGUCCUGCUCAAAAGAAAUUUAAUUACUACAUAAGUCAAGCAAGGAAAGUCGUGGAGUGUUCAUUUGGCCGUUUAAAAAACAGAUUCAGAUGCCUACUUAACAAGAAUUAUACAAAUUUAGAUCAUUUGCCUAUGAAAAUUGCAGCAUGUUGUGUUGUACACAAUAUUUGUAAGAGUAGAGCUGACAAACUUUUUUCAGAUUAUGUUGAACUUAUCCCUGAUGAUGAAAUUUCAGAAUUUGUUUUACAGAAUACAGAUGCAAGUGCAGAGCAAAUUAGAAAUUCUUUAACUGAGUUUUUGAUAACACAAUAAGCUGAUGAUAGCUAAAUUACUCAUGUUCUUAAAUUAAAUCAAAAUUUGUAA